CGCAAAAGGGGCUCUGGUAAGUGCCAUCCACGACUAGCAUCAGGGCUUCCGGCGGAGAGGGGAGUGGGGCUGUGGAAGCCGCUCCUGGACCCAAUUCCCGAAGGAAGUGAUGUCAGAUAGAGCGCGUCCCCGGCGCCAAGCAGCUCCCUGAUUCGCUGGCUGCAGUUUAAUCCCUCCUCGAGUGCGGCCGCAGGCGGGUGGUCUAGAGAGGGAGAGUGGGGUGAGGUUCUGCCCACCCCCAGUGGGGCCACCUACGGCCGAGUUCUCUGAAUUCUGAGAUUGUCAUGAUGUCUUCUAAUUCAUCCAUUACCUCUUGGAUUCCAGUUUUUUCAGAGGCAUCACAUAAUGUCCUCUGAAACAUUGCCAGCAUUUAUUGAGUCUUCUAAUGUUGAAAGAAAGCAAAGCUUAAGUGAAGAACAAGAGAAGAGCCAGAAGCCAAGAUUAGGUGAAGGAUUUGAACCAAUAUCUAAACGACAAAUGAAGAAGCUAAUUAAACAGAAACAAUGGGAAGAGCAACGAGAACUCCGCAAACAAAAACGGAAGGAAAAACGCAAGAGAAAACAAUUAGAGCGACAGUGUCAACUGGAAUCGAACUCAGAUGGAAACGACAGAAAACGUAUUCGAAGAGAUGUUGUUCACAGCACACUCCGCCUUAUCAUUGACUGCAGUUUUGACAGCUUGAUGGUAUUAAAGGACAUUAAGAAACUUCAUAAGCAGAUUCAACGGUGUUAUGCAGAAAAUCGACGAGCACUGCAUCCUGUGCAGUUUUACUUGACAAGCCAUGGAGGCCAGUUGAAAAAGAACAUGGAUGAAAAUGACAAAGGAUGGGUCAACUGGAAGGAUAUCCACAUCAAACCAGAGCAUUAUAGUGAAUUUAUAAAGAAAGAAGACCUAAUUUAUCUUACAUCAGACUCACCUAAUGUACUGAAGGAAUUAGAUGAAUCAAAGGCCUAUGUGAUUGGAGGGUUAGUAGAUCACAACCAUCACAAGGGACUCACAUAUAAACAAGCAUCAGAUCAUGGAAUUGAUCAUGCACAGCUCCCCCUUGGAAAUUUUGUGAAGAUGAAUAGUAGAAAAGUUUUGGCAAUUAAUCAUGUGUUUGAGAUUAUUCUGGAAUAUCUGGAAACCAGAGACUGGCAAGAAGCAUUUUUUACUAUCUUACCCCAACGGAAAGGAGCUGUUCCCACAGACAAAGCCUGUGCAAGUUCUUCGCAUGACAAGAAUUCUGCCAGUGUUGAAGGUGGAUUAGACAGUGAUUCUAGUGACGAGGAAAAUAGCAGAAAUGAACUAGAUUCACAAUAUGAAGAAGAAAAGCAGGAUAAAGAAAAUAGCAGUGAAUCUACAGUAAACUCUAUACCACAGUAAUGUCAUCUGUUGUUUUUGUUUUGUUUUGUUUUGUUCUUUUAGUUUAAGGAAAACUUAGGAAAAAAUGAGGUGCUUCAUAGAAUACUCUAAUUGUAAGAAAAUUUUAUUUCCUCUUAUUUCUGUUGUGAAUUUUUAAAACGUUCUUUAGAGCUAAAUGAUAAAAAGCCCUUAUAAGAAAGCAUUUUUUGUUUUUGCAUAAAAUUUAAAUGUUUAAUUUUUAAAAUAGUUUUCUAAGCCUCAAAUAACAGUUUCUUGAGAAUUUUACUUUUUUGGUAAACCUUCAUUCUCUUUUAUUUACUGGAUUAUAUUCUUUAGAAUGUGCCUUCAAACCUUCCAGUUUUUUUUUUAUGUUUAUAUCAAGUGUCUCUCUGAUUUAUUGUCUACUUAUUUGUGGAGAUAUAUAUUUAUAAAUCUCCUGUAAAUCUACCAAAAUGUUCUAAAUGGGAGGUUAUCUCCUAUUUGCAGCUUUUUUAUUCAGUUACUUCAAAGUUACUUCAAAAAUAACUCAGUUACUUCAAAGGAAUACAGUGAUUUUAGGAAGAACUAUUAGAUUGCUAAACUCAACAGUUUAUUUCUUUUGCACUAUGGAGUUCCUCCUCUAUGAUGCCUUUUUGUGGCUCUAAAGCAAUCACUAAAGAAUUAAGAAUCUCUUUAAUAUGUUUUCUUAAUUUCAAUAAUGGUAAAUUAUUUCAAUUGAAAAUUUUAAUUUUUCAGGCUAGAUUAUUUUAAAAGGCUGUUGAGUCUCAAUUUUGUUUUAUAUUUAAAAGGAAACAGCUCUUAGUUAUCCUUCCCUUCUAUAUGUACUUUUAUUAAAUAAAAUAUUUGUUGUUCUUAAA